AUGGCGCCCACUAGUGCCAGGGUAUAUGCAGUGGCACAGCAGGAGGCAGGGAGGUCUCCAAACCUUAUCAGAGGUACUAUUCUUAUCAGAGGAUAUGUUUUUGAUGCCAUGUUUGAUUCUGGAGCUACCCACUCCUUCAUAUCUGAAUUUGUUGCUAAUGGGGUGCAUCUACCCAUUUAUGAGUUCACGCCUCCCAUGGUAGUGAAGACUGCCACCGGAGACAUUGUUUCUACUUCUUUGAAGUGCAAAGAAGUCAAAUUCAUAUAUGAGCAAGAAGAGUAUAUGGUGGAUUUGAUAGUGCUUGAGGGCAUGAAUCUACACAUUAUCUUGGGAGAAAAGCCGGACAGUUUGUACUUGACGGCACAGAAAUUAAAUAAGGCUCUAAAUGAGGGAGAUGCAGGAUACAUUAUCCUGGGAGGACUUGUAGGAGACUCCAAAGAACCUACUGCUAAUAUUCCGGUUGUGUGCGAGUUUGAAGAUGUAUUUCCGGAAGAAAUUCCUCAUUUUUCACCUGAGAGGGAGAUUGAAUUCUCAAUUGACUUAGUACCUGGUGUGGGGCCUAUCUCAUUGGCUCCAUACCGGAUGUCACCAGUGGAGUUAGCUGAGCUGAAGAAGCAGUUAAAAGAAUUGUCCCGCAAGAACUUUAUCAGAUCGAGUGUAUCUCCUUGGGGUGCACCAGUCAUCUUCGUGAAGAAGAAGGAUGGGACUAUGAGGUUGUGCACUGAUUAUCGACAUUAA